UUUAUAUUAACAGUCAUGACUUUUUAUAGGAAAGCAUUCGGCAAACUUCGGUAGCACGGGUUAGCGGAAUCUACCGAAGUUCGUAGUUUAUUUAAAGUUGUCACAACAAACCGAAAGUAGAAAUAUCCUGUGGUUAUCUUAAAAUAGCACUUCAAGUUCAAUACACCUACACGUGGAAGAUGGGGACAAAAGUUAAGAUAGGCAUCAUUGGAGGAUCUGGGUUAUCUAAACCAGACAUAUUAAAAGGGGGAGAGGAAAAGGAAGUCAACACACCUUUUGGAAAGCCAUCUGAUGCUUUGAUUUGUGGUGAGAUUGAGGGAGUACCUUGUGUGUUAUUAUCCAGACAUGGCAGAGGACACACAAUUAUGCCGACCAAUGUAAACUUCCGAGCCAAUAUUUGGGCUAUGAAAGAGAUGGGCUGUACGCAUUUAUUGGUAACGACAGCAUGUGGAUCAUUACAGGAAGGCAUACAUCCUGGAAACAUUGUAGUUAUUGAUCAGUUCAUUGAUAGAACACAGAAGAGAAUUCAGACAUUUUUUGAUGGAGCACCACUUUCGCCUUUAGGUAUAUGUCACAUGUCAAUGGCUGACCCAUUCUGUUCUAGGACAAGUAAGAUGUUGUAUGAAAGUGGGAAGAAUUUAGGUUUAUCUAUAAGAGAAACUGGUACCAUGUUAUCCAUAGAAGGUCCCAGAUUUUCAUCUAGAGCUGAAAGUAAAUUAUUUAAUUCAUGGGGAGCACAUUGUAUUAACAUGACAACAGUACCAGAGGUAAUACUUGCAAAAGAAGUUGGUCUUUGCUAUGCUUCAUUGGCAUUGGUUACAGACUAUGACAGUUGGAGGGAAGGUGAAGAAGGGGUUAACGUAGAAAAUAUUAUGAAGAUAUUUAAACAGAAUUCUUCAAAUGCAUUGAAAGUUUUACUAGAUGUAAUACCUAAGAUAGCAAAGGAAGACUGGACCAAGACUUUGGAGGACUACAAGAAUGCUGUGACGAUGAACACAUUGCUGCCACAUAGUUAUUAACAUGGAUAUUUACGCAAUAUUUUAUUUUUAUACUGUUAACCAGGAGCUACUCCACAUACAGGAACAUUUGUAUUACAAUCUAAUCAACAAAAUUAAAUAGCAGGGGAUCAAGUAUAAAAAAGAGCAGGGUUUGAAAAAAUGAUUGAAAUGAUUUUGUAAAAUAGAUGUUUUUAUUUCUCUGAAUCAAUGUGUUCUGCAUAUAUUGCAGUUAUGAACUUUUUACGUCUUCAUUGUUUCAAUUUGACAUGGAUUUUUUAUGUCAUAAAUGUUUAAAAUACAGAUUCAUUUUAAAAACAUUUUACUUAAAUUUAUGUAUGUGAUAUGUUAGUUGUUAAUUUCUGUGACAUUUUGGUCUCUUGUGGAGAGUUGUCUCAUUGGCAAUCAUACCACAUCUUCUUUUUUUUUUAUAGUGUUGGAAACCUACUUGUAAUUUCAAUAUAAUGUGAAUUUAGAAAUUGUGCAAAUUCUACUGGUGUAAACAGUGAGUUAUUGAUAUUAAAGUUUUUUUAUAUUUGUCAACUGAUCCAUUACAAAGAUGUAAACAAUUACAGGUCAAUUUCAUUCCAGAUGACAGAUGUGGUAUAUUUAAUAAAUAGAAAUUAUGCAUUUUUUAUGAUCAUAUUCAUAUGUGCUGCAUUUAUCUUUUGGUUUUCAAUAAAAUUUUAAUCAUUG